AGAAAAAUUUCCAAUUGACACCAGUGGGGGGAAAGGAAAAAUUGAAGAAAAAAAAUCCGACCUUUGGAUACUUUUUUUCGACCUCUCUUUUUUUUUGACCAGCGCUGUCGACUCGCCUCUGCCCACCCACAAUAACUUCCGCGAGGCUUGAUUGUCCGGUCCCCCCCCUCCCGCGCCAACGAACAUCAAGACCAGAGAGAGAAAAAGAGACAGGUUUCCAAAAUGGCUGCGAUCAACUACCUCCUCUACGAGGCCCCCAUGGGCUACGGUGUGUUCCAGAUCGAGCACCAGCCCGACAGCAUUGGCCUGCGCCAGAAGGAGGCUCAGGAGACCAUUGCCGACCUCUCCAAGUUUGGCAAGAUGGUCAAGCUGGUCAACUUCACUCCCUUUGACACCGGAAAGCAGGCACUUGACGAGAUCAACCACAUCUCCGAGGGUCUCAUGUCCGACCACCUCAAGUCCGUCCUCGAGCUCAACCUCCCCCAGACGAGCGGCAAGAAGAGCAAAAUCACCAUCGCCGUGGCCGAGAAGAACCUGGCCUCCGUGAUCAAGAGCACCUUCUCCGGCAUCGACUGCGAGACCUCUGAGACCUCCGAGGUCGCCGGCGACCUCCUCCGCGGCGUCCGCCUGCACGCCGACCGCCUCCUCAAGGGCCUGCAGACGGGCGACUCGACCGCCGCCGGCCUCGGUCUCGGCCACUCAUACUCGCGCGCAAAGGUCAAGUUCAGCACCACCAAGAACGACAACCACGUCAUCCAGGCCAGCGCCACCGUCGAGUUCCAGGACAAGGGCGUCAACCAGUUCUUCAUGCGCGUGCGCGAGUGGUACGGCUGGCACUUCCCCGAGCUCGUCAAGAUCGAGUCGGACAACCUCACCUACGCCAAGCUCGUCCUCGCCAUCGGCGACAAGGCCACCCUCACCGACGACCGCCUCCACGACAUCGCCGCCCUCGUCGAGGAGGACGGCGAAAAGGCCCAGGCCAUCAUCGACGCCGCAAAGGUCUCCAUGGGUCUCUCCAUCACCCCCGCCGAUCUCGAGAUCGUCAAGGGCUUCGCCGAGGCCGUCGUCGCGCAGGCCGAGGCCCGCCGCUCGACCGCAAACUACCUCGACAAGAAGAUGUCCAUCGUCGCGCCCAACCUGCAGACCCUCAUCGGCACCCCGGUCGCCGCCAAGCUCAUCUCCCACGCCGGCUCCCUGACCAACCUGUCAAAGUACCCGGCCUCGACCCUGCAGAUCCUCGGCGCCGAGAAGGCCCUCUUCCGCGCCCUCAAGACCAAGAGCAACACCCCCAAGUACGGCCUCAUCUACCACAGCAGCUUCAUCGGCAAGGCCGCCGUCAAGAACAAGGGUCGCAUCUCCCGCUACCUCGCCAACAAGUGCUCCAUUGCCAGCCGUAUCGACAACUACACCGAGAACCCCAACACCAAGUUCGGUGAGGCCCUCCGCCAGCAGGUCGAGGACCGUCUCGAGUUCUACGCCACCGGCAAGAAGCCCGCCAAGAACUCCGACGUCAUGGUAAGUCACUCACAUCCGCAUUCUUUCCCUAUAUGCAUCUCCCUGGAUCAGUAUGCUAACAUAUCCAAAAGGCCUCCGUCCUGGAGCAAGUCGAGGGCGACCUCACGCUCGACGACGCGGAAAUGGUCGAUGCCGUCGCCGAGGACGUCAAGAAGGAGAAGAAGGAGAAGAAGGAAAAGUCCAAGGACAAGAAGGAAAAGAAGGAGAAGAAGCGUAAGCGCGAGUCCGAGGUCGGCGCCGCCGAGCCCGAAAAGGCAGACGGCGAAAAGAAGAAGAAGAAGAAGUCCAAGUCCAAGGAUGAGUAAAGAAGACAACGUUGUUUCUGUACAACCUCCUCUUCUUUGCACAUACCCCCAUCUACCCCAACCUUGUUCCAAAAACUCUUCUGGCUCUUUUUUUAACGUAGGUCUGGCGGCAAGUACCUUAGGCAUCAUUCCCGGCUCUUCUCUCUCAUCUUGUUAUCUACAACCUUGUGGCUUUUUUCCUGUUCUGUUUUUUUUUUCUUGGGAGUUUUAUGGGGGGGAAAUGAGAGAAAAACCGGGCUUAUUUGAACGGAGUUUUUGGGCUUUGAAAAAAUGUUAAUGCAUCAUUCUACAAUAUGUGUGUAUGUACAGUUGAAAGAACAACCGAACCCAUACCCCCAGAAAC